ACAAGUCAGUCCCUUCCCUUGCUAUUUGUUAGCACGAGCCAGGCUCUGUAAUUGCCAGGAUUCAAAUAAACCCCAUUACUUUGCCUCAACUCCUCUGAAAAUGAAGGGUUAGGGCUUUGAUCUUUCACCGCCUUCUGCUCCAAAAGCCGCGCAAGUUCAAUUGCGAUUUUACCGCAUUUAAAUUAGGGGUAGGGUUAGGGUUUAACAAAUUUGAUAACAUGUAUGCUGAUCGCGUGGAGGCUGCUGCCAAGAGGUCUGUAAAGGAGCGCCUCAACGGAAAUUCUAUCGACGAUUCUACUCGCCGGCGACAAAUUACUGGCAAAAGGCAGAGACAAGAUGAUAAGUGGGAACAUGAUCUGUAUGAGGAUGACGAACCACAUGCUUCAUAUCGUAAAGUCAGUGCUCAAGAUCUUCGGCUGAAGCUUCAAAGGAAAAGUCUGCCACAGGCAUCUCAAACUGUAAAGGGGUCAGUUUCAGGCACACGGGAUUUACGCGAAAAGCUUUCUGGGACUAUGAACUCACAACCAGUGAAUGCUGAUCCACCAAAACGAAAAUUGGAAACUGCUAAACCAGCUAGGAGAAGUGUUGCAGUUGAAGCUCCUGAACCAGAGAUUAAAAAAGUUGCUAACGUGGCUACUAGACAAAAAUCUCAGCAAAAGACUGAUGCUUCAAUGGAAGGCUUCCUACGGUCAUUAGGAUUAGAAAAAUAUAUCAUUUCUUUUCAAGCUGAGGAAGUUGAUAUGACAGCUCUUGUACACAUGACUGAUGAGGACCUCAAGGCUUUGGGAGUGCCAAUGGGCCCAAGAAAGAAAAUACUUCUAGCUUUGGAAUCUAGAGGGUAGCACCAAGGAGGAAAAUGGCGUGUCAGCAUGUAUUUGGGUUUCACUGUCCAAUUAACAAGGCUUUGUUUUGGUUUAUAUAUGCCCGGAUGUAUCAAUUUUAUCUAUCGUCUUUUUUCCCCCGUCUUCGGUAGUAUGAAUUGUUUAGCUUGCACCGAAGGUAGUUUUUUUCCCGUAGUCUCUAAAUUUUUUUUGACUUGUGCUAGGAAAAUUUAGAUCAAUGAAAUUUUAUGUUUUAUAAACUUGUGUUUGGAUACUUUAAUAGUGUCUCUGAAGAAAUGCUUAAUCCAGUUAUGAAAGAGCACAAACUAUAAUUAUUAGAA